UUCCACUGCGAGUUGUGCGUCGCCUCCUUCUCCCGCAAACACGACCUGAAGAGGCAUACGCGUAUCCACCUCGGUAUCCGCCCGUUCAAGUGCGAGGCGUGCGCGAAGGUGUUUUCCCGACAUGAUGCCCUGAGCAGGCAUAUCGUCAAGUGGGGAUGC